UUUUCUUGUGGGUGUUAACUUUGCAGGUUUUCCUAGUCGAAAAAAUUUUUCUCGGCCUAACCAAGUUCGCGGUAGUACCGCAACAAAGUGGGGUCUAGUAGUACCCGAAGUGCUGCACGAUCCAAGCAGGCGAAGUGAAUGGCUUGCUGAGGGAAAACGAUUUGAACUGAAUCUUUUCGCUUUCUCUCUUCUUUGCUGGUAUCAAGCCAAACCCCCACUGGCACAUUUCACUCAAGAACAACUUUUGAUACAAUUGUAUACAUCAGUUGCUUAAAGCACGUGGAGUUAACGGCGUGGUGUUCCUCUGUCACAUUUGAGGAGAAUUCCGAUUUUUCUAUGGGAAAGUGAUUUAGCUCCUGCGUGUGACUGUGCCCGAUCUCCUAAUGGAUUUUUCCAAAAUGAUCCAUCCCCUACUGGCGACACUUUUCGUUGUCAUUUCCAUUUCCGAUAUCUGUUUUUCCCAACGAAAACUGCCGAAGCACUCUGUAGUAUCUGUUGACGUGAAGACUGCAGUUCAUUUUGAUUGUCCUGAGGAAUUUGGAUAUUAUCCCCAUCCUGAUGACUGUACCCAGUACUAUGUUUGCGUAUUUGGAGGUGCUUUGCUUGAAUCUUGUACUGGAGGACUUAUGUAUAGUCAAGAACUUCAAACUUGCGACUGGCCACGCAACGUGGGUUGUGAUGGCGCUGAAAUAGCUGCUGCACCAACGACCCCAACACCGUCCAAUUCCAGAGCGAAAGAGGAAUACACCAGGACCAGAUACACACCACCUCCACCCCCAAAGCCAUCUGCUUUAGUCAUUUCGAGGGGACAACCCAGACAACACCAAAUAUAUCACGAUGAAGAGAUCAAUCUAAAGCAACAACAGCUGUAUCAAGAUUCAGAAGAAGCAUUGCCUGAAGCGCAAGAAGAGGAGAGUGACCGUCAGCAGAGAUUUUAUCGUGGUCAACCAUCUACUAUUGGACAAGUUCAAAGAGAUAGGGAUGGCCUGAGACAACCCAAUGCCAUAGCUUAUCAUACUGGACAGAAAGAGAAAAUCGGUGUCAUCUCCUUCGGUAUUCACCAACCUCAAGAACAUCAGAGAGCUGAAUCAACAACCUCUGCACCAGAACCAAUAUCGAUAACUUCACGUAACUUGGUCACCACUAGUCAAUACUCUGCCAGUUCAUAUUCACCAUAUGAACCAGAGUAUGACGACAAGACCAAAUAUGAAUACAACAGUUACAACGAACAACCGAGUGUUGCUCCUGUCUCGUAUAGAAGUAGGACAGCUGCUCCAACAUAUCAGCAGAACGAUGUCCAGUCAUCCAAAAGGGCGAAUGUUAUACAAAACGACUUUAUAAGAGGCGUUUACCAAGAACAGAACUUGCCUGAAUAUCACGAUGUUGCCUACGACAACGAGGAAGAGGACCAAAACACCUACAGAAACUCCAACAGGCAGCCUUUAAGGGUGGACAGAAAGGAGACAAACCUUAUCGAGGAUCACCCGUCAACUUCUAAAUCUAAAAAUAGAAAUGCUGCGUCUCAUGUUUCCAGUACUAGUAGAUAUUCCACAAAAAAACCUGUCAAAACACCCACGCCAACAAUUUCAUAUAAACAGAGUACAGUUGCAUCAAGAGCAUCGACGAAUGUCACAAAUGAAAACUCGCAAGUCUAUCCAAAGCAGAGUCAAUAUUUAAUUCCGGGAAAAUCCACACUCAAUACUAUCCCAACAGCUUCCCCAUCCAGAAAUACACAAACAGACAUUCCAAUUCAAAGCGACACUUCAAAAUUCGUCGAACUUGAAGAACCUUCAUCGGUGUCUUCAGUACGAACUAAUAAACAACCUCCAACCAAUCGGUACAUCACUAAAAAACCACCAUCCAAGUCAACUGACCAAGUCUCGUCAACUGGAACACCGGCUGAACAUAACGAUAAUCCCAAUUCAAAACAUACUAUCAAUAAUUCUUCCUCUUUCUCAACUUCUCCUUCUACUUCAUCACAAAAACCAUCGACGACUCAAAUUUCAUCUGAUGGGAGUUAUGCUCUCAUUGAUCCUACAACUUAUUCACCUCCGAAGUUCCAAAUUAGAACAACCUCUCCGAAAUACUCAGCGUCGUCACCUUCUGUAACCAGGCGAAGAAACCAGAAUGAAAAUUCGAGGAGUUCAGUAUCUAGAGGUCGAAAACAACCUGGUUUGCGACCUCUCCAAUUCAGGGAAAGUAAAAGGCACGAUUAUGCAAGUAGGGUGGAAAAUCCUGUGAAGUUUGUCCAGAAAUUCAUCCCAAUCAGUCCUAUCUCGAUUAACCAAGAACUUACUCCUGUUGAGAAGAAGAAUUCUUCUGAAGGUUCAUUCGAAGAUUCGACGGGAGCCAGUCAACAAAAGAGCCAAUAUUUCUCCGCCUCCAGAUAUGCAAUAGAAACAACUACUGAGACACUCGAAUCGAGAGAGUUGAAGCAAAAUGAGCAGCCUUCAUCAACUCCUUUUGAUAGCUCUAUUUCUUCCCAAAAAACUGAAAUUGAUGACAUAGAGGUAACCAAACCGUCUGUAUCUAUCCAAGACCAAAAAAUCUUGGAAAAACUCAAUCGUUACAAAAGUUCAAGUUUGAUCAACCCAAAUUUCGUUCCACAAGCUAAAGUUUUCAAGAGCACUGUCGAAGUACCCCCUUUAGAGAGCUUAAUAUCCGAUGCAGAUUUCGUUAAGGAUGAACCAGACUUACCUCCAACUUACAAACUGAAACCUUUCAAACAACUCACUAGAACUGCUACAAAUAAGACAGAUUCUUCCCCUAUCACCUCAACUCCCAGAAUAUCCCGGAUAAACCCAGCUUUCAAAUUCAUGAUGAAUUCCCUGCGUGGAACCAAAGGGCAUAACACAAAGUGCAAAGAAUCCACCUCCACCCAAAUCUGCAGCGAUCUCAAGCUGAGAACCAACAACAGAGGUAGAGGUUCUGGUCAUUACACUGCUAGUAACGCUAUCACCAAUGAAGUGACAGUUAACACAGUGAACGUAAAUAGGGGUACACCACCAUCUCGAUCAAGACCAACAUUAAAACCCUCCACAUCUAUAGUAUCGAAAGCACAAGAGUUUGUCGAUAUCUAUAGAUAUCCUCCAAGGAGGCCUGAUCCUAUAUAUCCUCAACCUCAGCCUGACAAAACUGCUGCCAAGUGCCGCAAAGACGUUUGUCUUCUCCCAGAUUGCAACUGUGGAGGAAAAGACAUACCUGGUGACAUACCACCUGACCAAGUGCCACAAAUUGUUCUUCUUACCUUCGACGAUUCUGUCAACGACCUAAACAAAGGACUCUACCAGGAUCUUUUCGAAAAGGGCAGAGUGAACCCUAAUGGUUGUCCUAUUUCUGCUACCUUCUAUGUUUCGCACGAAUGGACUGACUACAGUCAAGUGCAGAACUUAUACUCUGAUGGACAUGAAAUAGCAUCGCAUACAAUAUCACACAGCUUCGGCGAGCAGUUUUCACAAAAGAAAUGGACACGCGAAAUAGCAGGUCAAAGAGAAAUUUUAGCGGCAUAUGGUGGAGUACACCUAGAGGACAUCAGAGGCAUGAGAGCUCCUUUCCUUUCUGUCGGAGGCAACAAGAUGUUCAAAAUGUUAUACGACUCCAACUUCACCUAUGAUUCUUCGAUGCCAAUAUACGAAAAUAAACCUCCAAGUUGGCCAUAUACUUUAGAUUAUAAACUUUUCCACGACUGCAUGAUCCCUCCAUGUCCCACGAGAUCCUACCCAGGAGUAUGGGAAGUUCCAAUGGUGAUGUGGCAAGAUUUGAAUGGAGGCAGAUGUUCAAUGGGGGAUGCUUGUAGUAAUCCAGCUGAUGCUGAGGGCGUUCAUAAAAUGAUAAUGAAGAAUUUCCAAAGGCAUUACACCACAAACAGAGCCCCAUUCGGACUCUUUUACCACGCUGCAUGGUUCACACAACCACACCACAAAGAGGGUUUCAUCAACUUCUUAGAUAAUAUCUUAGCCAUGAGAGACGUUUGGGUUAUCACUAAUUGGCAGGCAGUGCAAUGGGUGAGAGAUCCAACUCCGACCUCUAGAUUGGGCUCUUUCAAACCCUUCCAGUGUGACUAUGCAGACAGACCCAAGCGUUGCAACAAUCCAAAGGUGUGCAACCUAUGGCACAAAUCUGGAGUUAGAUACAUGAGAACUUGUCAGCCAUGCCCAGACAUCUACCCUUGGACCGGAAAUUCAGGCAUUCGUAGUAGUAGAAUUGACAACGACAUAGAAGAUUAGGUUUUAAGAUUAAAUUAUUUAUAUCAACUUUUCACUUUUCAUCGAAGAGUGAAAUCUCCAUGUGAAUGUAAAGUAUGUGUGUUUUUGUACACUUUUGUUGUUGACAAGUUUUUCAGAUAUCCCCUUGUAAAUUACAUUCUUGUCCUUUUGAUAGCAGCGAGCCGACGCUAGAAUAAAAGAAAUUGUUCUUUGGAAAUGUUGGUUAUUCUUUUCGGAAGGUUUCUCGAUCAGCAUCCAGCAAGGACACUAAGUUAUUGAAUUCUCUAUUUAUUUAUUUCAACUUUGAAAUUUCUCCUUCUAAUACGAUGUGAACCAGUGACCUUUAUGUUAAAUAAAUUAUAAUUUAUACCAAA